AUGGAUGUUAUACAAAAGGAUUUGAUUAGCUGCAAAGUUUCUGACAAACUGCUUCAAGAAAAACUGGAAUGGAAAAGGAUUCAGAGCCAGCCCCAUAUCAGUGAAACUAAGGCGAGGAGGAAAAGAGAAGACGAUGACAGUGGGAAAAUAUACCCUAGUAUACCAUCUGUUAUGGAAGUCAAACAUAACCAUGUAGGUCCUGCACAGGCUACCAAUCCAUCAAUCCGUCUUCAUUGUUGGCAGCCAUUGAUACGCCUUCCUGUUGGGCUCCGUUCUGUUGCACCAAGCAUAGAUGAAAAAGUAGAUCUUCACUUUAUUGCGUUAGUUAACGUAGGCGGUCAUCUCUAUGAAUUAGAUGGGCGCAAACCUUUUCCAAUAAACCAUGGACAAACUAGUGAUGACACUUUUUUAGAGGCUGCAGUAGAAGUUUGCAAGAAGUUCAUGGAACGUGACCCAGAAGAAUUAAGAUUUAAUGCAAUUGCUCUGUCUGCAGCUUAAUUAUCCCAUUUGGAAAAGCUGCACCACAAAUAUAUUGUAACAAAAUAAAAAUAUUGCCAUAUAUUAUGUAUGACUUUUGAUACUUUCACUAACAUGUUGAUGAAUUUGAGCAUAUGGUGGAUUAAAUCUUGAAUUAGUCUUUACUGCA